AUGAAUCAAGCACGACAAAGUCACACAGCAUCCGUACUAAAAAAUGGAAAAGUGUUGGUUGCUGGUGGUUCUAAUGGUAGCGUACUAAAUAGUGCUGAGUUGUAUAACCCAUCAACAGAAACUUGGACAACGACUGAUAGCAUGCAUCAAGCAAGAGUUGAUCACACAGCAUCUGUAUUAGCAGAUGGAAAAGUGUUAGUUGUUGGUGGAUUUAAUGGGAGUAGAAGCAGGCCAAAUAUCGUUGAUCUGUAUGAUCCAUCAACAGAAAGUUGGACAAUGACUAGUAAUAUGAAUCAAGGACGAGAUGGUCACACAGCAUCUAUACUAACAAAUGGAAAAGUGUUAGUUAUUGGUGGAUGGAAUGAGGGUGCUUUAAAUAGUAGUGAGUUGUAUGAUCCAUCAACAGGUACAUGGACAACGACUGGCAAUUUGAAUCAAGCACGUUACAGUCAUACAGCAUCUGUAUUAAAUAAUGGAAAAGUAUUAGUUGCUGGAGGAUUUUAUGAUGUCAUGAGUAGACUAAAUAGUGCUGAGUUAUAUGAUCCAUCGACGGGAAUUUGGGAAAUGACUGGUAGCAUGAACGAAAUACGGUUUUACCACACAUCAUCCGUUUUAACAAAUGGAAACGUAUUAGUUGCCGGAGGAGUCAGUAACGGUCCACUAAAUAGCGUUGAAUUAUAUGAUCCAUCAACAGAAACUUGGACAAUGACCACGAGCAUGAGUGAAGCACGAUAUUACCACACAGCUUCUGUAUUAGGAAAUGGAACAGUGUUAGUUACUGCAGGACUUUAUAGUGCUAGUAGCAUACUAAACACGGCUGAGUUGUAUGAUCCAUUAACAAAAACAUGGACAAAAAUCGACAACAUAAAUCAAGGACGGUAUUUACACUCAGCAUCCAUAUUAACAAAUGAAAGAAUGUUAGUCACUGAUGGAUUUGAUGAAUAUUUUAACGAACUAAGUAGUGCUGAGUUGUAUUAA